AUGGUGGAACUGGAACAGCAGCAGAGCCCAAUUUCAGAUCGAGAUAGUGAUGAUGAUAUUGUCGCUGAAGGUGCCUCAAUUGUGCAUGGAGAACCUCCCCAAGAUGAAAGUGGGCCUCCUAAAGUAGAUACUAAAGUAGAAGUUCUCCAUGAGAAAGUGACUAAGCAAAUUAUCAAGGAAGGCCAUGGUCAGAAGCCAUCAAAAUAUUCUACUUGCUUCUUGCAUUACAGGGCAUGGACUGAAAGCACCCAACAUAAGUUUGAAGAUACAUGGCAUGAACAACAACUGCUUGAGCUUAUCCUAGGAAAAGAGAAAAAAGAAAUGACUGGGUUGGCUAUUGGCGUUUCCUCUAUGAAAUCUGGUGAACGUGCCUUGCUGCAUGUUGGCUGGGAACUAGGCUAUGGAAAAGAAGGAAGCUUCUCUUUUCCAAAUGUGCCACCAAUGGCGGACAUCGUGUAUGAAGUUGAAUUGAUUGGUUUUGACGAGACCAAAGAAGGGAAAGCACGAGGUGACAUGACGGUGGAGGAAAGAAUUGGUGCAGCUGAUAGAAGAAAGAUGGACGGCAAUGCAUUGUUCAAUGAGGAUAAAUUGGAGGCGGCAAUGCAACAAUAUGAAAUGGCCAUAGCAUAUCUGGGAGAUGAUUUCAUGUUCCAGCUGUUUGGUAAGUACCGUGAUAUGGCUUUGGCGGUUAAAAACCCUUGCCACCUCAACAUGGCAGCAUGCCUGAUAAAGUGCAAGCGGUACGAAGAAGCCAUUGCGCAGUGUGGUAUUGUUUUGGUGGAAGAAGAAAACAAUGUAAAAGCCCUUUUCCGGCGUGGCAAAGCUAGAGCUGAGCUCGGGCAGACAGAAGCAGCCCGUGAAGAUUUUCUCAAGGCACGUAAACAUGCCCCAGAAGACAAAGCAAUUGCAAAGGAGUUGCGUCUGCUUGCGGAACACGACAGGGCUGUUUACCAGAAACAGAAAGAGAUCUACAAGGGGUUGUUUGGGCCGAGGCCCGACCCAAAACCAAAAGCAAAAAAUUGGCUGGUUUUGAUCUGGCAGUGGCUGCUGUCAUUAUUUUAUCGACUUUUCAACCGCCAGAGGCAGAAGGCUCAAUGA